UUUAAAUCUAAGAAGACAUGGAGAAAAUAAAGUUUAAAUUAUGUUUAACCAAAGUAAUAACAAUUUCUUUCCUUCUAACAGAGGCAAGGGAAGUGUAGUUUCUGCUGAAUGAUGGCAGCAUCACAGAAUAACAAAGAAUAUGAAAAGGGGACAAAGAAAACCUUUGCCCCACCUAUACAAAAAUCACAUAGUGUGAGCCCUCAGGCUGACUCAUGGAAGGAGGACACCCAGGGGACCAGUUCUCCAGAGGCAGAGGCCAAGCCAAGCCAGCCCAAAGCCAGCUCAAAGAAGAAGGAGCAGAAGACAACCACAGAACAUGGUCCAAGCGGAGUCCAGGAGAAAAAGCGAAAGGCUCAAGACAAGCUAGCUGAGAAGAAAGGAAAGGAAAAACAAGCCCUUACCAACGAAGAAUUUGAAGAGAUUUUCCAGACUGUACUACGGAAGUCUCUGCAGGAGUACUUGGAGACUUCCUGUGUCCAACCCAUAAUACCUACCAAAUCAGACAAAGAGCCAGGAAUUGCUUCUUCUGCCACUGAUAAUGAAAAUGCUGAUGGGGAGAAGGUGAUAAUACCUGAUACUCCAGAGAUUGCAUCUUCUCUAGAAAAGGAAGUGAACUCUGAGAUUAGGACAUCUAAGCCAGACCAGCUGGCUUCUAAGAAGAAAUUUAAUAGACUUUCUUUAAGCAAAAGAAAAAAGAAAGCUGAAGAUGAGAAAAUGGAGGAAAUCCAAGAUGGACGUGAGUGCAUUCUGAAAGACAAGCAGAAGACAAUGAUUCAGGGUCCUUCUCAGAUCAAGGGCCAGCAGAGAGAAGAAGGUGGCUUUGGCCAGUGUCUUAUCUGGGUCCAGUGUUCCUCUCCAAAGUGUGAGAAAUGGCGGCAGCUACGUGGAGACAUUGAUCCCUCAGUUCUCCCAGAUAAUUGGUCUUGUGAUCAGAAUCCAGACCUGAAUUACAAUCGUUGUGAUAUUCCUGAGGAGACCUGGACAGGAUGUGAGAGCGACGUGGCCUAUGCCUCCUAUGUUCCAGGGUCCAUCAUCUGGGCCAAGCAAUACGGUUAUCCCUGGUGGCCAGGCAUGAUAGAAACUGAUCCUGACUUGGGGGAGUAUUUUCUUUUCGCGUCUCAUCUAGAUUCCCUGCCGUCCAAGUAUCAUGUGACAUAUUUUGGAGAAACUGUUUCUCGUGCGUGGAUCCCAGUCAGUAUGCUGAAGAACUUCCAGGAGCUGUCUCUGGAGCUAGCCAGAGGGAAAAAAUGCAGGAACAAGGACUACAACCAGAAACUGGAGGCAGCGAUAGCAAUGGCUCACAAGGCAGAACAGAUCAAUAUUCAGGAGCGGGUUAACUCGUUUGGUUUCUGGAGUCGAUACAAUGGAUCUGACGGCAGUGGGGAAGGGAAAGAUUUGAUGCUCCGUGAGUCCAACAGCCCUGAGUCUUGUCUGGAGAAAGAGAAGGACUCAGAGGAGGAGAAGGAGGAGAAAGAAGAGAAGAAAGACUCAACUUUGCCUAGACCCAAGCCAGCUAAAAUACAGACCAGAAAAACCAAGUCCAGAGGCCCAGCAGGAGGACAAGAUGGGACUUCAAAAGAGAAGACUGUGAAGGAGUCUCUGGGCAGCGAGACCACAGUCCCUCCUGGACGCGCUUUGGGAGGGAGAGAAGAACAGGGGAAUUCAGAGCUGCACCAUCCAGGCCCUAAAAAGAAAUUUAAGGCUCCUGAAAGCAAGGCCUCAGCUACCACCGUACCUGAGCAGAAAGAAACUAAAAUUGUGUCUCAGCACCCUACCCCACCAGCUGGCUAUGGGGCUCAUCCAUUGGGAAAGGAAGGUCCUGGACCUCAGGAGCUCCUGACACAGGAGGCAGUAAUCUUCCCCCCUGAAGAUGAUGGUUCCAGUGACCUGGACUUGGAGGAACUCAUGGAAGACAUUGGAGAGCCAGAGGAGAGAGGGGAGUCCCAGCAGAGGGACGGUCCAGAGGGCUUCCUGGCAGCCCUCUUUGAGGAGUAGUGUGCUCUGGCUUUCCUACUAUUGUCUGCCUGUCAGCAU